UCGAGGCAACAAGCAGGCUGCACCCCGACUGCUUUGCUCACACAAGGCUGAGGCCUCUGACACGACUAGACAACACAACUACCAGGCCCUCUGUGCAAAUAAGCUCCCAUUAAACCCUCAUUGUUUAACAUCAUCAAGUUGUGUUCUCAUGAAUGUGCGUUUAUUUGAUCUGACAGAGUGGUUCGACUUCAUCAACACAGACCUCCCCCACUCUGCACCCUCCCAACUCUUUUUUUUCUUCUUAGUGGUGGCGUUAACAGUCUGACUGACGAGAAGAGGAAGCAGACGUCGUUGUAUCUCCCCCCACAGAGAUGGCUGGUGGUUGCCUGAGCUGCUUCUUGGCAUCCGUGUCCGUGCUCCUCCUGGGGGGUUGCCUCCACGAUGUGGAGGCUUCACGCUGUGAUCGUGUCAUCAAUAAGAAAGUCGGAGACACCGUAGAGUUGGCCUCAUGUGCACCAACUGAAGGGGUCACAAUUUCACAGUGGAAAUAUGGUUAUGAUUUAAUCAUAGAAGAAAAAACUGUUCAUGGAAACCAACAGUUCGAGGGCAGAUUAGACCUGAACCCCACAAGCUUUGAUUUAACAGUGAGACAACUGACUCGCCAAGAUUCUGGUGUUUUCCAAUUUGUCUCAGAGGUGAAUGACAAACAAGUUGAUACAGUCACCAUCAAUGUGACAGUUUAUGAGCCCAUAACCAAAGAGCCUGAUGUCACUGUCGAUACCGUUUGGGACGCAGAGAAGAACUCCUGCACAGUUUCUCUGACUUGCAGCUCAUCCUCUGACAGCAGCGUCACCUACAGCUGGAGCGUGAGGAACCAAACGCUGAGCGGCUCCAGGAUGGAUUACAACGUCGCACCUCAGGACGGAGACACUGGAUUCACCUGCACCGUUUCCAAUGUGGUCAGCCAACAGUCAAAGAGCAUCACAGCAAAGUGCAGCAACGAUACGACUAACAAAUCAGAAUCAUCCUCGUACACCGUCGCUGUCCUGGGUGCAGCGGGUGGAGCUUGUCUGCUGGUUGUCGUCGCAGUUGGUGUCGCUGUAUGUGUUCAUCAGCGCAAACAAGGUCCAGGAGCAGGCAGCGACGGAGUCGACAACACGCUGUAUGCAGACAUCACCGAUGUUCCCAAUAGGCGUGGGGCUUCACCUACCAACGAGCCGUGCACAGUCUACGAAACCAUUGACCACAAAGUCGACCCCGUCACGCCUGGGCCCCAGACUGUGUACGACAAGAUCGAGUUAAAUCGCAUGAGGAAGCCGUCGGUGUCGCCCUACCAAGAAGUUUCCUAAAGCGUCACAGCACAAUGUACAGUUCACUUUGAGUGGGAACCAACAUUCCAAAGAUAUGUGGACACGAAUCAGGAGA